UCUGAGAAAUCAGAAGUUUUAACGGAAGAUUUACUAACGAUAGAAAAACGAGUUGACAUCGUAAAACAAGUAUGUCAGAACAUCUCCAAAAAACUCAGUUCUGGUCUACAGGCUCAGGGAGAUACAGUCGAGAAAAGAUUGAAAAAGUUACCAGAGACAUCUCUAGCCCAUUGUUUAAAUGAGGCUUCAGCUUUACUUGGUACUGGUACAGAAUCUUUACUAGGUCAGAUUUGUCAGCUGUGUGGUGAGGCCCAGAAUAAUCUGGCAAGAGAACAGUUACAAUAUGAAAUUAAUAUAGAAAAAGACGUCCUCGGUCCUCUACAGUCUAUCUUUGAUGUUGAUUUACCAGCUAUAUUAAAAGCUAGAAAACAUUUAACUAAAACAACACUAGAUAUGGACUCGGCUAAAGGACGACAUACGACUGCUGUGAGACAAUCUCAACUACCUGGUACCAACAUCGCUAACGCGUCUGCCAAGGUUGAUCAGAUCAAAGAAGAGUUGGAGGAAGCAGAAUCGAAAGUAGAAUACGUAAAGGAUAGCUUAGCGAUAGAAAUGUCUAAUUUUAUUGCUAAAGAAACAGAACACAGUCAGAAACUUUUAGCGCUGGUAGAAGCGCAGGCUGCGUAUCAUGAAAAAGCCUUACAAGCAAUUCAAGCUGUGAUACCCAAGAUGCAACGUUCAAUUGAAAAUAACCCGACUAAACCAGUAUUUGGGAAUUGUUUGGAAGAACAUCUACGAGUAACGGGAAGAGAUAUAGCUGUUGUUUUAGAGGCGUGUGUUGUUACUCUACUCUAUACUGGAAUGAACGAGGAGGGAUUAUUCCGAAUAGCUGGUGCUGCUUCUAAACUUAAAAAAUUAAAGGCAUGUUUUGAUGCUAAUAUAGUUGAUAUGGAAGAAUUUAGACAUGAUCCUCAUACAGUAGCAGGUACAUUAAAACAAUAUUUACGAGAGUUACCAGAACCAUUGUUAACCUAUCAUCUUUACGUUGAAUUCAUGCAGGCUGCUACACUUUCAAAAGAAAAGAUUGUACCAGCUUUAAAACCAAUUAUAGAAAAGUUGCCGCCCCCUAAUUAUAAUAAUUUUAGAUAUUUAAUAAAGUUUUUAGAGAAAUUAUGUAAGAGUUCAGAUCAGAAUAAAAUGACUCCAACUAACAUCGCUAUAGUGAUAGCACCUAAUUUACUCUGGUCAGAUGGCGAAAAUGCUCCCAACAUGUUAACAACAGGAUCUCUAUCUACCAUAAUAGAAGCUGUAGUUAGUAACGCUGAAUAUUUCUUUCCUGGAGGUUCGUACAUGUUUAUAUUUUAUUUUUAA